AGGGAGAAAGGGAAGAUGUGCAAGAAGCAGGAACCCUGAGCCGGCCAGGGGUGUCAUUAUGAGCCUCCUUCAUCUUUCCAUUCUGGUUGCUGAAUGCCUGGUUCUGGGUCUCUGUUACUGGAAUGUCAAACUGCCAGAAGUCCUCUACGCUUGGCAAGGCACCUGCGUCCAGAUCCCCUGCAGCUACAACAACAUCAGAGGCAUACGGAAACUAGAUCGCUUAAUCUUGUUCCAUAAUCCGUCGUUCAGUAACGCCAACAGUUCAUUCUAUGGGACUGUGCUCUUUGACACAAAUGAUCUCAGUGAGAACAAAAGAAUCAAGUUUCUGGGUCACCAAAGAGAAGAAAACUGCAGCAUGCUCAUUCUUCAGGUGCAAGUUACUGACAGCGGGAAGCUGGGACUGCGGAUGAUGGCCGAGCAUGAUAAGUGGAUGUCCUAUGUGCAACUCAACGUCACUGAGUCUGCACCUCAGCCCUACAUUCAGCUCCCCCAGCAGCUCCACGAGUUCCAAACAGUCACUGUGACCUGCUUUGUGAACCACUUCUGUCCUGAGGACCCUGUAAGGUUGCUCUGGUCCCUGGAUAGGCAGGAGCCUCUACAGGACCAGGUCAAGAACUCAUUCUCCAUAGAAACCCAGAGCAUCUUGAUGGAGAGCAAAUUCACAUUCAGUCUGGACUGGAUGUACCACACCAAGGAGCUGGCUUGCAGCCUCUCUCAAACUGAUGGGCAGCUUCUCUCUAAGAAGACCCUGAAGCUGGAUGUGAAGCAUACCCCAAAGAUAAUGAUCAAAGCCAGUCCCCACCUGGAAGUGAAAGAGGGGGAAUCAGUGACUCUGAGGUGUCUACUCCAAAGCAGCAACCCUGAGAUCCAAGGCAGCUUCUCCUGGUUCAAGGAUGAAACGAGUGUGCAGAAUUCGGGCGAACAUCUGACUCUGUCCAAUGUGACUUGGCAGCAGGCUGGGAAUUACUGUUGUGAAGCGUACAAUGAAAUGGGCCGGGGGAGAUCAGAACCCGUGCAGCUGCAAGUCCGACAUUCCCCAGUUUCCAAAGUUCUUUCUGCUGACUUCAAAGUGAUGGAGAACAGGACGGUGGAGCUGACUUGUGAGACUGUUGCCUACCCUCCUCCAACCAAUUUUACCUGGUAUCAUGCUGAGAAGCAGGUACUAGGAGAGGUGAAACAGAAGCUCAGGUUCCAAGCGGUCAACCGGAUGCAAGCAGGCCAGUACACCUGCCUGGCUGAGAACAGUGAGGGCCGAGGAGAAGUCAGUGAGAAAGCCUGGCUGGAUGUGCAGUAUCCCCCCACUGGGGUGAGCGUGACUAUUGUCAACCAGACACCGAUCCAAGAAGGUGACUCUGUGACCCUGUCCUGUUCCUACGAGCAAAGUAACCCCACUCCCUACAGCUAUUCAUGGAGAGCCCAGUUCUUACAAAAACACAGAAUCAAUUCCCAGCUCCUUACCAUCAGCAGCAUCCCUUGGAAUGCCGAGUCGGUCACCUGCUGGGCCUGCAACGAUGAAUGUUCCCAGGCCACCCCUCUCCACUUGGAUGUACAAUAUGCCCCAAGAGAUGUCAAAGUCAUUCUGCUAACUCCCAAAGCUGACAUCCAGUCCAAAGACCAAGUCCACCUUCGAUGUGACUUCAGCUCCAGUCACCCCGCAGAUGUUCAUUAUUCCUGGACCCAAAAUGGGAAGCACUUCUGUGAGGGGAGGUACUUAAACUGGAGCUCCAUCUCCCCGGAAGACUCUGGCCUGUACAGCUGUCUUGUCACCAACUCGAUUGGAGAGACCAGAUCUCAGGAAUGGGACCUGAAAAUCCAGUACCCACCCAGACACUUUCAAGUGUCCAUUAACCCAGGGGACACAGUGAUGGAGAAGACCAACGUGGUCCUGACCUGUGAGGCUGAUGCAAAUCCAGCUGUUGACCUUUACACCUGGUUUGACUGGAAAGGCCAAAAGAUUGGUGAUUUUGGUCCAAGGCUGAUCUUGUGGUCCGUGACGACUCAUCAAUCGGGGGCCUACUGGUGUCAUGGGACCAACAAGUUGGGGACAGGGAAAUCUGAUUCUGCCUUGCUCACCGUCUAUUACAGCCCAGAGACCAUUGGAAAGCGAACUGCUUUGGGGCUUGGGGUGUGCCUGGCUGUCUUCUUCCUGGCCCUGCUGGGGGUCCGAUGCUGGAAGAAGAUCAGAGGAGAGCAGAAUUUUCAGGAGCAGCCCCGCAGACAGGGCUCUUUCUUCAUCAGGAAUAAGAAGGUAAGGAGGCCCCAAUCCACAGCUGCUCCCCAGUACUUGGGUUAUUAUAAUCCUGCCAUGGAGGAGAGGAUCAAUUAUGCCACCUUGCAGUUUCCUGCCAGGGCUCCGUAUCUGGAGACCACGCCAGUCACUCUUCAAACUGAGGACCAGAGUGUCACCUACUCUGUGCUGCAGAAACCCUAUCGGGGUGAUUAUGAGAAUGUGAUGCCACCAUCUCUUCCAGAAGAUGAAGGAUUACAUUACUCUGAACUGAUUCAGUUUGGGGAGGGUGAGAGGCUCCCUGUGCAGGAAGGGGUGGAGUACGUAACUCUGAAAUAUUGACCAUGGAGAUGAAGAAGUCUCAUGCCUCGGGGGCCUUUCGUGGGGGCAAUCUGGAGGAAUCCGUGACCGGCGCCUACGACCGUGUCUGUCGGAUCAGCUGCUCAGUGGCCUGUCAUACCCUCCCCUGCUGUCUUUCUGGGGCCCCCAAUGAAUGCUGUGAAGUUUCUGUCUGGGCCUUAGGAGAAGGCUUCUACCAGGGUCCCUUCCUUUCUUGCUCUGACAGUGCUACCCUUGCAAAAGCCCGUGUCUGGUCCUUGUCCUUCCUACCUCUCCACAUGCAUGUGCAUGCACACGGAGCACAUGCUUCAGCCCUCUAUUCUCUCCAGUCACUUUCACGUGUUUCUUUCACUCCAGCCCUUCCCAUCCCUAUUCUCAUUCAUCACAUCAAUAGCCUUUAACCUCUCCAGAGCUGAAUCCCCAAACCUACUCUAGCUUCCAUGUCCCAUUAAGACUCCACGUCAAAGGGAGGACACACAGUGUAUGCAGUGACAUGGUAAGGGAGCUGAGUUCUUUCUGUCAGUCCCUUCCCUAAAGCCUUAAUUCCGUUUCUAAUUAUAGCCAGGCAUUGCACAGAGCUAAUCACCCAGCCUCUGCCCCUCCUCAUGGUAGAAGCUGGGAGAAUGUUACUUAUGAGACAGAGAGAAA